CCAAACAAAUAGAAAUCGCUCAUGGUCGUGUGACUCUAUCGGUUGAUGAGUCGUUGAUAAUUUAUAAAAGAACAUUUCACAUCGGAGUCACAUUCUACUGUGAUAUCAGCCAUGUUUAGUAGCGGCGCAAAUUACAGCAAGCUGAAAACCAAUCUUCGAUUGACUAUCAAUCGCUUGAAAUUAUUGGAAAAGAAGAAAACUGAACUUGCAGCGAAAGCAAGGAAAGAGAUCGCAGAUUACAUUUCAGCUGCCAAAGAUGACCGGGCUAGGAUCAGAGUGGAACACAUUAUCCGGGAGGAUUAUCUUGUGGAAGCAAUGGAGCUACUUGAGAUGUAUUGUGACCUUUUACUUGCCAGAUUUGGUAUGAUACAGACCCAAAAAGAAUUGGACCCAGGACUUGAAGAAUCAAUUGCCAGCAUAAUCUGGGCCACACCUCGGCUUCAGGCUGAUAUACAGGAACUGAAACAGGUGUCUGACCAGUUCAGUGCAAAAUAUGGCAAGGAAUUCUCUCAAGCUUGUCGAACAAAUGAACUUAAUAAUGUUAGUGAAAAAGUCAUGCAUAAAUUAGGAGUAGAGGCCCCACCAAAGAUUCUUGUAGAACGUUACAUGAUGGAGAUCGCCCGAACCUACAAUGUGCCAUUUGAACCAGACCCGUCCAUAAUGGCACAGGACGAAAUGUUCAGUGCAGAGAAUUUUCUGAUUGAUUUGGGAGAGAAGAAGGGUGGUGGCGGUAGUGGUGGUGGAAGUGGAGGGAUGGGUGUGUUGGAGCCACAGUCAUCAUCACCCUAUCCUCCUCCCCAACAACAGCCGUACCCUCCCCCAAGUCAGGCAAUGAUGUACCCUCCACAGGCAAAGCAGCCCCCACCCUUACCACAGGCGCCCCCAGCGGCUGGUAUAGAUACCCCUGCCUACCCACCCCCACAACAGAGAGGACAGAAUUCUGAUUACGACAACUGGUUAGGGGAGGAUCCAAAGAAACAGCUUCAGAACUCUGGCCCAGCUCAGCCUCCUCAGCAACAGCCCCCUCCCGUAGGAUUUAAAGACGGAUUUCCAGAGCUGCCGACAGUUCCUACCAACACACUGCCAGAUCCCGGGAAUUCCGUGGGAACAAGUUCUGCAGGUGGAGAUGAUGUUGAUUUCGAUGAUUUGACGAGAAGAUUUGAACAAUUGAAGAAGAAGAAAUGAACAAUACAUUUUUUGUCAUUAAUUGAAUUGCUUUGAAAUGUUAGUGACCUGGUUACAAUGCGAGGACUAUGUUACAAUAUUCCUAGCUUGUGACUUUUAGAUUACAAAUUAAUUUAUAACAAAACCUAUUGAUGUAUAGAUUUGUAAUUGUACUGUAAAGUAUACAUUCAAAAAAAGACUUUAUAAAUAAUCAUAUUUAACAUGUGAAUAGAUGUUGGUAUAUAUAGUGUAUGAUUUGAGUGUGACGUUUCAAUGACUACAUUGUCACCUAGUUCAUCAGAAAAAUGACCAGUUUCAGUUAGCUGGUCUGAUGAAGGUGACAGUGUAUUCACUAAAACUUUACACUCAAAUCAUACACUGGUUGGGAUAUACAUUUAGACUGAACAACUAUGUAUUCAUGAUACAUAAUUUACAUGGCUAUCACAGCAGCUUAAACAGCAUUAAGUAUUUCACUGCUGGUAAAAUUAACCUCGUUAAGUGACCUGCUUUUCUAUUAAACCAAUAAUACAGAACAAACCUUUGCUGCAACCAUUUGUCAGUCAAUCUUGUUAUACUGUCAUCAUUUGUCCAGUAUAACCUUGUUAUACUGCCAUCAGUUGACUGGUAAACCCUUAAAUUGUUAUAAUGCCACUAUUUGUUCUGUAAAACUUCUAUAAUUUGUACAGCUAAAUUAAAUUCAGUUUUGGCCUUAAAGGGGUUUUAUAAUAUGCUUAGAUUAUUGUAUAAUAAAUCAUGAUACUGUUGCAUGUUUGUGGUAAGGGGCAUGAUAUAUAGUUAGACAUUUAAUUUGAGAUCAGCUGGCGAAUAAAGUAAAAGGCAUUAUACCAAGGUUUUAAUUGAGUAAUACAUACAAUCCAAUCAAAUACACUGUAUUAUAUUGUAGUUAAAUCCAUUAAAAACUUUUAGGUAAUUAUGAUAGAUUGUAAAUAGUUAGGUUUUGAAAGCAAUUACGGUUAUCAGAAUAUUUUAAUGGUCCAUUUAAUUAGGUAUAUCACAACACAGGCACUUGGCACAUACCUCCCUCCCAUUGUCCAUAUUUAAUGUUAUGUAUAUACUCUGGGCUGGAAAUUUGUAGCAAGCCCCUGUGCAUCACAAUUAAAGGUACUGACUUGCAAUCCCUCCUUAACGGACUGGCAUUUAAGCUACAAUAGUAAUAUGGAGAUUUGAUAGAUAAAAUUACAAGGGUAUAAAACUAAUGCGUUUGAUGAGUUAUCUCCCUUGGAAAAGAUACAAUUUUGAUAGGCUUGCUCAUUGUUCAUCAAAAGUAGAUUUUCAUAUAUUUGAAUUUUAAUUUUCAUUGUAGAAUUUUGUUAUCUUGAUGAAACAGGAGAGCAAAACAUGGAAAAAAAAAGAAAGAAAAAAAAAAUACAGUGAAAGAUCUGGUCAAAUUAUUAUGUACAUGUAUGCAUGGUUGUUUUAUGGAAAUGCCAGUCUGACAAGAAACAGUAACAUGUCUAGCUAAUGUACAUUGAUGUUUCAAUACUGUGCUUUUAUUAUCCAUAUAUUUUAUGUAAAAUGCUUCAUUGUCCAUAUCUAUGCUUGUAAUUCUGGAGAAGAAGCUUUGGGACACCUGACUUAGUAUGUUGACAGGUUUAGACUUUGAUUUAACACCUGUAUAUUGUUUUAAUGACUAUGGAAGAGAUAUCAUUAUUCAAAUGAUUUAACAGGUACUACUAUGUUAAUUGGAUCCAAUUUACUCUUGACGAAAUGAAUAACUGUUUAAUUCACAAUGUGAUUCAUGACUGUAUUGAAACUUGUAAAAUGUAUUAAUUAAAUUGGAACCUGAUAUUAAAUCCUAGUUUGAAAAAAAACAACACUUUCUUUUGUUGUUAAAAACCUGAAGUUGACAUUUGAAAUUAGUUGGUUUUUGUUGGGAUCUUUAUUUAAAAUUGGGUGCAAUCCUUUUUUUACGCUGUUGAAAUUAAAAUGUAUGAAUCUUUCAA